AUGGAAAACUUCCUUACUGUCUUCAUUUUCCUCAUCCGUCAACAAGUUGAAGAAUUCCAAGCCAGUCGUCAUUUUAAAGAUCGUCGAAAUGAAGAUAUAUAUGUUUAUGAUCAUGACGAUGAUCUUUAUGUGACUCUCCCUGGAACGGUCCCAGAAAGCGUCUUGAAUGACCCUUUUUUGCUUUUGAGAUGGGAAAACGACUAUUUUGCCAAAGAACUCCCUGCCUUCACCGAACAGUGGUUUCAAGAAACCCGAGCGGUUUAUAUUGAAAGACAGAAGAACGCCGAAAAUUCAUAUUACAAAGACUUGGAUAGAAAGCAAAUCUGGGCUUAUGAAAAGCUUGAGAACGGCGACGCAUUUGAAAUUCUUAGAUCUUCAACAGAGGGAACGUUCUUGGUUUCAAGGAAUCAAGAAAAACACGACGAAAUCAAGAAAAACGCGUCUCGAGUUGCUACAAUUUAUUAUGUAUCAAGUUCUGGGGCAAUUAUAUCAAAGUCAAUCUAUUGCCAACAGAAUAUGAACUUCGUUAUCUACUCUGUUCGAGAAACAAAUUUUUGGUUUCGAUCAAUCACUUCUCUGAUGAAGCAUAUCGUCAGAGAGAAAAUUUUGCUGAGUGACACGUUGCUAACUAAAGCAUUCGAGAAAACGUAUAUCUAA